GCCAAUUGAUUUCCUUGCGCGCCCGUAGCAGACCCCACACUUGGCGACUAGGUUUUGUGUGAAGUGAACGAAAAAUUCCAGACAACUCAGGCCUGAAGAUAGCCUACGCCAAAGCGGUCUGGCACAUCUGGCAGACGACAAUUCGGGAAAAAGAAAAAAGAUCCAGCGGACGGACUACACCACUACACGAUGCCGAAAGCCACAACAGCGAGCUUGUCUCAAAAGAGACGCCACAAUCCUCUCGAAGAUGACCUCCUUGCAACUGGGCUCCUUAAGAACAGGGAAGGAAGGCCUUCGAAACGGGCGGACAGGAAGCAGGCUGAAGAGCAGGCCUAUGUCGACGCCAAGGCUUCCCGCAAGAUCCUGGCCAUGAGCCGCGACCUCAUAGAUGAGGAGGGACUUCAGUCUGGCCCCCGCACGAAAGAUCCAUCUGGCCCAUCAGCCUUCGAUUUUGACCCGUCUCGGCUGGAGGACGGUAGCGACCAGGAGGAGCAGGAAUUUGCCAACGAAGAGGCGUGGGGGGAUGAAGAGGAUGUUGUUGAGGAGAUUGAGAUCGAUGCGGCCGACCUCGAGACAUUCAACAAGUUCAUUACGCCCACAAUGAACGACGAUCCCCUACUGACAAACGGCUGGGACGGGAAGCCAAGUGAUCAUGCAGAGGACCAGAGUGCGGCAGGGACGAAUCUGGCCGACCUCAUCCUGGCCAAGAUUGCGGAGAAGGAGGCUACGCAAGGCGGACGGCAGGAGCAGCACAACCCGGUUGAGGAGGACUAUGAAUUACCACCAAAGGUUAUCGAAGUCUAUACCAAGAUUGGGCUCAUCCUUGCGCGGUACAAGUCUGGUCCCUUGCCAAAACCGUUCAAGAUCUUGCCACAAAUACCACAUUGGGAAGAUAUUCUCCAAAUCACGCGCCCAGACUUAUGGACUCCAAAUGCUUGCUACGCUGCGACAAGAAUCUUUGUCUCCGCCAAACCACUGGUCGUCCAGCGCUUCAUGGAGAUGGUCAUUCUGGAGCGCGUCCGCGAAGAUAUCUACGAGAACAAGAAACUCAAUGUUCAUUUGUUCAACUGUUUGAAGAGGGGCCUGUUCAAGCCGGCCGGCUUCUUCAAGGGUUUCCUGUUCCCGUUGGCAGCAUCUGGCACUUGCACAUUGCGAGAAGCACAAAUCAUCUCCGCUGUACUGGCUCGAGUGUCUAUCCCUGUGCUUCAUUCAGCCGCAGCCAUCAAGACGCUGUGUGAUAUUGCUGCAGAGCAGGCCUCGCAGCAAUCAGAGUGCGUCAGCGCGACAAACUAUAUGCUCAAGGUCCUUCUGGAGAAGCGAUAUGCUUUACCGUGGCAAUGCGUGGACUCUCUUGUCUUCCAUUUCCUCCGGUAUGCAGCUUCUGCCAGAGAUGGAGAUGCUGCCCCCAAGGCCCUGCCCGUCAUCUUUCACCAGUGCAUGCUUGUGUUCGCGCAACGAUAUCGCAAUGAUAUCACUGAAGAUCAGAGAGAGGCGCUCUUAGACCUUUUGCUAAACCAUGGCCACGAGAAAAUUGCCCCUGAGAUCAGGCGAGAGCUCCUCGCCGGGCGAGGAAGGGGUGUCCCGGCUGAGCAACCAGGGCCAGCAUUUGACGGCGACGACACAAUGCUGGUCGACUCAUGAGACUCGUUAUUUGGCAUGUGCAUUUGUUUGCGCUUGCUCUGCCAUCGGCGGAGAAGCCAAAUAGGUCAUCUCAUUCUCCUAAACACCCUUUCUCU